AUGAGUCCUAUUGAGAGGGCUUUCAAUAUAGGAGAGCAGGAAGAAUUAAAUCAUAUUAUUGCGCGAAUGUUUUAUUCUGCUGAAUUGCCAUUUCAUUUGGCAAGGAACCCGUACUUUCAACAAGCAUUCACUUAUGCUGCAAGUCAUAACAUUGGAGAUUAUCGGCCCCCUGACUAUAACUUGUUGCGAACUACUCUUUUACAACAGGAGAAAGAUAAUGUUGAUAGGUUGUGUAUCCCUGCUCGAUCUCUUUGGAGAUCAAACGGUGUGAGUAUUGUCAGUGAUGGGUGGAGUGAUUCCCAAAGGAGGCCAAUAAUUAAUUUCAUGGCAGUAUGUGAUGGUGCAGCCAUGUUUUUGAAAAGUGUUGAUUGUUCUGGUGAUGUCAAGGAUAAGUAUUUUAUCUUCAACUUGCUAAAGGAAGUAAUUCAAGAAGUUGAGGUGGAUAAGGUGGUUCAAGUAAUUACGGAUAAUGCUGCUAAUUGUAAGGGUGCAGGACAACUUAUUGAGCAAGAAUAUCCGACUAUCAAUUGGACACCAUGUGUUGUUCACACGUUGAAUUUGGCUUUGAAGAACAUUUUUGCAGCCAAAAAUGUGGAGAAUAAUGAGAUUACUUAUGGAGAAUGUAGUUGGAUAUCUGAAAUUGUUGGCCAUGUUUCAACAAUCAAGACUUUCAUCAUGACUCAUUCUAUGAGAUUGUCCAUGUUUAAUGAGUUUGUGCCAUUGAAGUUGCUUUCUAUUGCUGACACCCGAUUUGCUUCCAUGAUUGUGAUGUUAAAGAGGUUCAGGUUGAUAAAGGGUGGUCUCCAAAACAUGGUCAUUUGUGAAAAAUGGAGUAUUUAUAAAAAUGAUCAUCAAGGAAGGGCAAGACUAGUGAAGGAGAAGAUAUUGGAUGAUGAGUUCUGGGAAAACAUUGAUUACAUCCUUGCUUUCAUUGCUCCUAUUUAUGAUAUGAUCAGGUUUUGUGAUACUGAUAAACCUUGUCUUCAUUUGGUUUAUGAUAUGUGGGAUACGAUGAUUGAAAAGGUAAAGAAUGUAAUAUGCUUGAAAGAAGGGAGGAUGCAUGGUGAGUCAUCAACAUUUUAUUAUGUGGUGUAUAAUAAUCUUAUAGAUCGUUGGACCAAAAGUUCAACUCCCCUUCAUUGUUUGGCACAUGCUUUGCAUCCCAAAUACUACAGUGAUCAAUGGCUUGCUGAAGAUCCAAGUCGAGUUUCUCCAGACAAUGAUGUGGAGAUUAAUUUAGAAGUAAAAAAGUUCUUCAGGAGACAUUUUUCUAGUGUGGAGGAAAGGGCUACAGUAAAUUUGGAGUAUAUCAACUUUGUUCAAAUGAAGGGAGGUUUUAGAGAGUUUGAGGCUAUUGAAAAUCGAUAUACAAUGAAUCCCAAUGAUUGGUGGGGAGUUCACGGUUGUAGUGCACCUUUGCUUAAAAAGCUGGCUUUGAAACUCACUACACAACCUUCUUCUUCAUCAUGUGCUGAACGCAAUUGGAGUACUUACUCUUUUGUGCAUUCCAUGAAGAGAAAUAAAAUGGAUCCCAAACGAGCUGAAGACUUAGUUUACAUACAUAGCAACCUCCGGCUCUUAUCAAGAAAGAGUCCAAAAUAUAAUGAAGGAGAAAGUCAGUAUUGGGACAUUAGUGGUGAUGCAGUUGAUACCUUUAAUGAUGUUGGAGCUUUAGAUGGUGCUACCCUUUCCUUAGAUGAGCCAGAGAUGGAGGAUGACACCCUCUUGGUUAUUGGCUGGGGAACAAGCUAUUUCAUCUCAGGAAUUGCCCCCUUUGGUGAUGCUUUGGUUGUUCUAGCUUACAUUCCUGGAGAAGAUGAUGGAGAAAGGAAGAUAAAGAAUCAAUGGAAGAAAUAG